UUCUAAAAUGACACAAACAUUUAAAAUUGAUCUUCAAAAAUUCUUUAUCAGGAAGAAGAAAAGUUAAUCCAACAGGAAUUAAAUAAUUUGAAGGCAACAGUUUCUGCACCGACAACAACACUGAGACUGAUGAAGGAGUGUAUGGUGAGACUGAUAUAUUGUGAGAUGUUGGGCUAUGAGGCUUCUUUUGGAUACAUCCAUGCAAUCAAGUUAGCUCAGCAAGGGAACCUUUUUGAGAAAAGAGUCGGUUAUUUGGCAGUUUCCUUAUUUCUUCAUGAAAAUCAUGAGUUGCUGCUUCUACUCGUGAAUACAGUAGUGAAGGAUUUGCAAAGUACUAAUCUAAUGGAAGUGUGUAUGGCUCUUACUGUGGCAAGCCAGAUUUUUCCACGGGAGAUGAUCCCAGCUGUCCUUCCAUUAGUAGAAGACAAGCUUCAGCAUUCAAAGGAAAUAAUUAGAAGAAAAGCUGUUCAGGCACUGUUCAAAUUCUACCUUAUUGCUCCCAACCAAGUCCAGCAUAUCCAUGGUAAAUUUCAAAAGGCACUCUGUGACAGGGACGUGGGAGUUAUGGCUGCUUCGUUGCACAUUUAUCUCCAAUUGGUGAAGGAAGAUGCUUCUGGACACAAGGACUUGACAGGCAGCUUUGUAGCUAUUUUAAAGCAGGUAGUAGGAGGAAAACUUCCUGUAGACUUCAACUAUCACAGUGUACCAGCACCUUGGUUACAAAUUCAGCUUUUAAGAAUAUUGGGGCUACUUGGAAAAGAUGAUCCAAGGACCAGUGAACUUAUGUAUGAUGUUUUGGAUGAAUCUUUAAGGAGAGCGGAGAUAAACCACAACAUUACGUAUGCAAUCUUGUUUGAAUGUGUCCAGACAAUUUACACAAUUUACCCUAAAUCUGAUUUACUUGAGAAGGCUGCCAAAUGCAUUGGGAAAUUUGUCCUGUCUCCUAAAAUUAAUUUAAAAUAUUUGGGAUUAAAGGCCCUAACAUACGUUGUUCAGCAAGAUCCCACCCUUGCACUGCAGCACCAAAUGACAAUAAUUGAGUGCCUAGAUCAUCCUGACCCUAUUAUUAAAAGAGAAACAGUGGAACUUCUAUAUAGAAUCACCAAUGGACAGAAUGUCAGAGUUAUUGUUCAGAAGAUGCUUGACUACCUAACUCAAACCAAGGAAGAAUAUACCAUUAUCAACAUCGUUGGCAAAAUAGCAGAAUUAGCUGAAAAAUAUGCUCCUGACAGUGAAUGGUUCAUCCAGACUAUGAAUGCAGUAUUUUCCAUAGGAGGGGAUAAAAUGCACCCAGACAUCCCAAACAGUUUCUUGAGACUCCUUGCUGAAGGGUUUGAAGAUGAAAAGGAAGAUAGCCAGCUGCGGCUUCAUGCUGUCCAAUCUUACCUUAAAUUGCUAGAAAAUGAAAAUGUGGUUUAUCCUCAGAAAUUUGUUCAAGUGAUGAGUUGGGUGUUAGGGGAAUAUAGUUGUCUUAUGAAAAAUGUGGAUCCAGAAGUUGUCUUGGCAAGUUUGCAUAGGAUUAUGAAGAGAAAUACCACUUCUGAAACAAAAGCUUGGAUUAUGGCUGCAGUCACUAAAGUAGCUUCUCAUACUACAUGUUCAAAAACAGUUGAUAAACUCAUCAUGGAAUUUGGUACCUCUCUGGACACUUGCAUGAGACAGUAUGUCUAUGAAUUAAAGCACCUCUAUGAAGACAAGGAAUUGAUGAAAAAAUUGUUCCCAGUUGAUGCUAGUUAUGAGGAUAUAGUGGUAGAUGCUUCCUUAUCUUUCUUAGAUGGGUUUGUAGCUGAAGGACUGGACCAUGGUGCAGCACCUUAUAAACCUCGUCACCAAAGGCAAGAGGAGAAGCUGUCUCAGGAAAAAGCUUUGAAUUUUGAACCUUAUGGACUAUCCCUUUCCCAGACUUUCUCAGCAUCUACUUUUACUGGAAGGCAGUCCCCUACUGGACUUUCUCUGGGAUCUGACAUCUCUGGCAAUAGUGCUGAGACAGGACAAAAGGGGACCAACAGUCUGAAGCUUGAAGGUGUGAAGAAACUAUGGGGAAAAGAAGGCUAUCUUCCCCAAAAUGAAAGCCAAGUAGAAAAUGAAGAGAACAUCAAGCCUGUUUUGCUCGGUAGCUCAGUUAUGGAGAAUAUUGUUUGUAACUUUCCAUCACACUCUGAGCAAGAAAUUCCUGGUCUUUCUGAGGGAGAGGAAGUGAAACAACAACUAGCAUCAACACUCUUUGUUGGCCUAAGCGCACAAGGCAGCAUCAGUCUGAUGGGAAGAAGCGAUGCUACAACUCAGAAGUUCACAAGGAAAUCAAAAAUAAGUGAAGGAAAAGCAAGUGAGGGAUCAUCCAGUAUCCAGAGUCCUGUCACCCCUUCACAUCUUCCUGACACAUUAUCCAAGAACAAGGAGCCCUUUCAAAACAAUGGACAUCAUGGAAUAAGGAAAACAUCACUUUGUUCUGCAGAAACAUCUGAACUGAAGGUAGCAUCAGAUAGGUCUCUUUCUGCAACAGAAGCUGGACCAGAUGGCAAGCUUUUGAGUCAUAGACCCUCACAGUCCUCUUUGUUUGCAGAUUGUAAUAUGGAAUUUUUUCCUCAUUCUUCAAGCACUCAGACUGUUGUCCACAAGCAACACACUUCAAUGCCUUACCUACCAGAGGAAGCAGCUAAACAUCCUCAUUCAGAAAUCAUAGAACUUUGUUCCAAUGAAACUCUUGUGUUGUACUUUUGUAAAAUCUGGAAAGAUGAUUGUGUUUCACUGUUUUUAUUUCUUUCCAAUAAAAGCAGCUCUGUACUUAGAGAUGUGAAUUUGGAAUUUGAACACACAGAACAUCUGAAGAUCAUUGAAAGUCCUGGCUGUCAUUUUGCUAAAAUAGAUGCUGAAAGCAUAGAAAGUUUCCAGAUAUGUGUAGAGAUGGAGGACCUUUGCUCAUCAGUAAUGGUUUCUGGUUACAUCGUUUAUCAUCUAGAAUCAGAAGGAUGCCUCAGAUUUUCUGUUCCUUUGGUACUGUUGGAUUUUAUCAGGCCAAUGAAAAUGACCACUGAUGAAUUUGGAAAAAUGUGGCUUGCUGUUUCAAAUGAUGUGAAACAAAAUGUAAAGAUGACAUCCUCUCAGAGAUCAUUGUCAGUUGUUCUUAAUACCUUGCAACAAAAGCUGAAGCUACAUAUUGUUGAUAUCAUAGGUAAUGAGGGAAUAGCAUCAUGCCAAAUGCUUCCGUCGGUGCCCUGUUUACUACAUUGUCGUAUCCACGCUGGGAUGUUGGCAUUAUGGUUCAGAUCACCUUGCUCUGCUCUUCCAGACUGUUUACUUUAUCAGUGUCAAAAGGUGAUGGAAGAAUCCUGAGUGUUACAGUGCCUCAUUUUCUGUCUUUCAACUUCAAGAAAGUUGAAAGUGAUUUUUGUGCAGGGAUUUACCGAAGCCAACUCUUUCCUGUGGUGGACAAGAAGCUACGUAAGAAUAGGCACUAUGGACAUGAGGACUGUACAAGAAGGUGAUUAUAUUGAGGUGCUUGUCCUCCAGAAUCAGGAUCACCCAGUCAGUCACUGACAAGGGACUAAAAGUAUGGGUCAGAUGUUAUGCAAGAUAAGUAUUUUCUAUUUAUGUCCUUGUGUAAGUCACAACAAUUUAUUCAUAGGAUCAGCACUACUUGAAUUGUUUCAUUAAUUUGGCUGAUAGUCUAGAAAAACAUUUUAAGCCUUGUCUGCUCAAGAACUUUCUUGAAGUGGCAUCUUAAAUGCCAGGUUUGCAAGGACACAAGAUGCUUCAUUGUUGAUGCGACUGACAUUCAGUUAUAGGAUAGCCACGACUGUCCCAUGCCUGCAGGCCCUGGUUGGGCUAUGGUGGUACUGUUGUCUCAGUAGCAACCUAUGGAAGUGUAGGCCAUAGUUGCUCAUACCUCAAGUAAGGAAUGAACCUUGGGGCUGCUCUUUUUUGAUGCCAUAGUUCAGUAACAGGAAGAUUUUGACUUAUUAUGUGAUAGAAUAUACCGUAAACUUCCUUUGUGAAUGCAUAUUGAGGCUGUCAGCAAUAUCUUAAUUUGCCACGUGGUUGUAAACUUUGCUGCCUAUCAGAAGUUGGCUUCUAAAAUGCAAUACCUCCAUCAGAGUGCUAAGCAUUUUGGCUUUCAGUGUUCAAAAAUGCCAGGCCUUUAAUCUAGGAAGCUUCUCUCAGCGUGCCUAAGAGCCUGUGCAUGAACUAGUCAUUCUGAUUGAAACAGCAUUCCACCUUGCUUCAUCAACAGCUGGCCUUCAUUGCGCCAGCCAUUGACCUUGAUGAUAAAACAGCGUAUAGAUGUACUUGCACAGCUUGUUCCAUAUAGCCGUGGGGACUUUGGUCUUUGUUUCUUGAAUAGGCUGCUUUUGUGGUACAUAUCAAACUGCUUUAUUGCUUUUCAGUAUCCUGUGUUUUACCUCAUGUUCUGUCGUCAUUGUUCUGGCUGAAUGUGCCCUCCUUGGGCAGAUUGAGAAUAGCUCUUUUGAUCCCAGCCGCACAACUGGAGCUUACUAAAUACAAAGUAAUCCAUUUUUUAAAAAAACUCACCUCCUGCAAGAUGUUAGAAGCAGCUCCAGCCUUUGCUUCCCUUGGGUUAUUGGAAUGAAUUUUUCAUACUUACACAGCAGUAACAUGGUUGUGUUUGCUAAUAGGACAGACCUAUAUGGCUUUUUAACUUUUUAACUCCAGCCUGAUCAGUUCUAAGUAUGAGCUGUAAGCUCUGAUCGUCUCUUGUUGCAGAACAGAAACAUUACAAGCAUUUGAUUCCCCCUAUUCAGUUACAUAUUUGGCCCUCUGUAUCCAUGGAUUCUGCAUCUGCGACUUGAAAAUAUUUUUUUAAAACCCCAAAUAGUAAACCUUGAUUUUGGCAAUUCUUAUAAGGAACACUAUUUUACUGUGCCACUGUAUAUAAUGGAACUUAAACAUCCAUGUGUUUUGGUAUCCAUGGGGGGUGCUAGAACCAAACCCCAGCAGAUACCAAGGGCCCACUGUACUAUGUUCUGUUGUUCAGAAUCUGAGUGGAAUUUGAGCUUCUGAGGUGGAUUAGGGUAUAGGUCAGUGGAAAUGAAUGGUCUUUAUUAUGAGGCUUACUUGAGAUGUAGCACAGGUUUAUAAUUCUUAUAAUCAAAAGUGGAAAUAAGUAGAGCUGAGUAAAUGGUGCAGGAGUUGACGCGAGAUCAUUUAUAGUGUUUAACAGGAGCAGAAAUUUCUAUUUCAAAAAGGGGUGUAUCAAAGCAUUCAUAGACUUAAUCUUUUCAGUGGCAGUGCUGGUGGUAGGUAUAGCAGUGCUGAUGGUGGUGUUAAUUUGGUCAGUUUUCAUGAUCUAUAGCACUCUUUGCUCUAGGAGCUAUUUGUAAAGUGAAGAUGUGUGUCUUUAAAAAACAAAAGCUGUUGGAUUAGAGUCAUGAAUGGACACAGUGUGGCUUUCUUCAUCAUAAAAUCAGCGUUACAGACUGAUUCUACAGUUGCUUUGGGAUUCUCUUCUGAUAGAUUUUCCAUCAUCUUUUUGUUAUGUGGAGGUACAUAGGUAUUGGUGGGGGGGGGGGAGGACAUUGUGCUGAACAUCCGUAUGAAAGAAUAGGAACACUGUCAACAUUUUCUUUAUACUGUAUUUGUCUCUGCAAUGCCAAGGCCUCCAACAAAAUGUGAAAGAUUUCCACUAAAACUUAAAGCAACACCUCAUUUACAUUUGGAUAUGUAAAGUUUUCGAAUCUGACUGAAAAUAGUAUUUUUAAAUGUAUGUCUGUAUGUAUUUUAUUUAUGUGUUUAUCUACAUCAUAAUCUACUUUUACAUCAAAAAAGCACUCCUCGACACAUUUAAAAUCCAAUAAAUAACAACAGUUUAUUCUGUUUGUUUGCUGCUGUUGGACCUGGGCCAAAAUCCUCAUAAGCCACAAUAUUCAGAAAGGUCUUGUUCUUGGCUUCCAUGACCAUCUUGAAAACAGGAAGAAGAAGAAAAAGGCUAUACAGGAAGGAAAUUGAAUGGCCCAAUAAGAGGGAGCAGCAGGGCAGCAAGAAAGGUUAGGAGAUGUGUACCAUGUAAUCUUUGACACCAUGAACUCUAAGAACAGGGUAGUCAAGGAAGAGGAAUUGGUGCAGUGUAAUCAGGUUGGUAAUUGGAAUCAUUCCCAUGUUGUACUUUGAACUUGAAAGAUGGAUGAAGACAUUUUUGAGAAGGUGCCCAUUACCAUAAGUGUAAAGGUGAGGAUAGAGGUUGGUGGUCUACCAGAAAAAGAUAACAUCUCUGUGCAAUCUCUGUCACAGAACAGAAGGGACACUAUAAAAGAAACAGUGGCUAAGAUCAGGGAGAUGUGGUUUAACGUUUUACCAGAUGGAACUAUGCCAAAUUUCCGUCACUGCCCAAACUCACCUUUCACACACACACACACACACAUUGCUGGAUGCAGCUUGAGAGUGUGUGUGCGUGUGGGGGUGCGGGAUGGUGGAGGUAUAUCUAUGUGCCUGUAACUUGGACACACAACAACAAGACAUCUCUGUGACCUGGGGGUUCUUCAGAGGUUGUGGAAGAGGUCAGGAUUGUGAAUCCAGCUAGAGGGAUCUGGAUGCUUCACACCUCCCAUCCACACCCACAAGGUAACUUCCAACCAGCAGAAACCAGGAGUGGAGUUCCAGAAAGCUGGACAGGUGUUUCUCCCUUCCAGUCUUGUUUUGAUGGCAUGGAUUAUUAAAAAUACACUGAAGCAUCAUAAACAGACUUGUAACCAUUAAUGUAUAUAAUAUUUACUUUACGGCUGAUUUAUAUAAAGAGGAAAAUGGUUUGAGGGAAUCAGUAUAGUCUGCAUAUUUUUCUUCCUUGCUGGGAGUGCAUUGGGAGCCUGCACUGGACCAUUGCAGAACCAGGCCCAGAUUUGCAAUACUGUGCCCUGUCUUGGAUAUUUACUUUUUUUUCUCCCACUUUCCCCCAUGUUUUUGGCAUGUCUGGACUGUUUUAAGCCUAGGAAAUGCCCUUAUUUAAUCAAGAAGUAAAUAAGAAUUUUUCACAAAAAAAUUGUAGUGAGGGAAUCCUGGGGUCUCAAGAGGCUUGGGGUGUGUGUGUGUGUGUGAGAGAGAGAGAGAGUACAUAUACAUAGGAUUUUCCCCACCCCUGUUUUAUACUAUUAACAGUACACAUCACAUUUAAAGCGUGUAACUGAACAAAAUCCAGGGUAGAGUUAAAAGACAUAGCCAUGUUAGUCUGGAAUAUCAGUAUGCAAAGGGAUCUUGUAGCACCUUUGAGACUAACUUUGUAGAAGAAGAUGUAGCAUAAGCUUUCAUAGACUUGGUCAACUUGCAUCUAAGGAGGUAGACAAAGUCAACAAAAGCUUAUGCUACAAUGUCCUCUACACAGUCUCAAAGGUGCUACAAGAUCCCUUUGCAUACUAAAACCCAGUGUACUGCUACAAGUUGGCAAAGGUACUGUUUCUGGUCUAUGCAGCUUCCUACUAUUUCUGCAAUAUGAAGUUUGGCUUUUUAAAUACAGUAAUAGUUCUGCCUUCAAUGCAUUUCUAAGUGCUGAGUUCUAAUAUACAUUUUGUUUGAAACUUAAUUUUGACGUUUUUAAACUGGAUGUAUGCAGAAUGUAACAACAAUUGAACUUAAUAGAAACUACUUUUCUUACUUGUACCCGUGGUACUUUCUAUUUCUAAAAUACUCACAAAAGUGGUUUCUUUUUGCUCCUAUUCAAUGUAGCAUAACAAAAUAAACACUUUCUGUGCA